AUGGAGAGCUCCACCUACCGUCCCGUGUCCUUCCAGAAACAAGUCGGGAAAUUGGAAGUCGCACCUCUUGGGUUGACUUUUCGCGGCGACAAUGGCGCCAAGGAGGAAUGGAUGUACAUGGAAUUGAAGAAGGUCUCGGCCAACAAGCAGCAACCCAAGGCCGAUGAUGCGCCCAAGACCAAGCCCAAACUCAAGAUCUCCCUGGUUGGAGAUCCCAAUGGAGCCAUUAUCUUUAUCUUUCGAGAUCGGGUUACCCUCGACAAGGUGCGAGCAGAUUUGAAGGUACGCAUGCGCGGUGACGUUGAGGCCAGCAACCAUGCCUCGGCCACUGACUUUGCCUCGGAAGAAUGGAUGGAUCCCUCGUCUUCAAGGCCAGAAGAAUGGAUGAACCCUGCUCCGUUCAGACAAUCAAGGGAACCGCAACCGUUCAAUCUUCCCAGUAGCUUCAACAGCAGCAACCCGGCCAACGAGGGCACGCUCGUCCAGGAAGAAACCCUCGUCAAGGAGGAAGGGACGCUGGUCAAGGAAGAAACCAUUGUGGAUACCACGACCGAGUCACCAGCUCUGAGGAAUUCGGCGGCUAACAACUGGACCAUCCCAGAAGACAAAGUCGCCGUUCACAAGCUGGAAGUCAAGGCGCUGCAGCCACCGCAACAAGGCUCCACCCCAGAAGUGGUGAAACCGGGAGAGCAAAAGACGGAGAAAGACAAAGACGACGACUCGCAAGAGGAAGAAUUCAGCUGGGCUCGCUGGAUGAAGGAUACCUUCAUGGCCAUGAUCCGGGAUCAUGUUCUCUUUGGCAUCUGUGCUUGGGACAAGACUGACACGGCCUACACACGCAGUGAACGCAUCUUCACGUUCAUUGGAUUCUUGGGAACCGAAGCGGCCGUUGUCUCUGCUAUCAACUUUUCUAACGCCCUCAAUUUCGCCAUUUGCAAAUGCAUCGAAGGAGACGACGCCUACCCUGAAAGCGACUGCCACAAUUACGGAUUCACUACCUAUUCCAAACCCCAAACGGAAACAUUGAGAACCGAAUGGUUUGCUUAUCUCGAUACGUCCACGCAAGAUAUCCGAAGAGGAAACAAAUUGUUCUGUCCCACCGAUUCCACUAAAGAAUGCGGCUUGGAAAAGGCGUGCUGUACGGCUUUUGUGGGCGAGCGCACCCAAACAGUGCUGACCCUGGACAGCAUCGAUCCCUGCCCGACCCACUGGCUCUUGCAAAACAUGAUUGAGAGUUUGGUCGCCUAUAUCUUUUCUCUAAUCUUCCUGGCUCCCUUGGUCGAAUGGCUUCUGAGGAAGGAGAGCCGAACGCUCAACCCCGUCGCCUACGGAUUGAUCUCGUUUCAAGUCAUCCUGGGGAUUGCCAUGGUGUCUGUAUGGGCCGACACCACUUGGCAGCUCGAGUUGGAAGGGUUGGCUUUUGUCACGAUAGCCGCCGCCAUUGCUUGGACGCUCUUCUUUCAUUCCAUUUACUUUGGUUUGUUUUGGGAAGGCGUGGUGGUUCCGGCGUGGGCCCGUCGUGCCGCCAAGAAGGCACAGGACGAAAAGGAACGGGCCGACAAAUACGGGUAUACGAAUGGCGCGGUACCCGUGGACUCGACACAGGCAUUCUCGACGGAAACCUUCAGUGGUCGCGAUUCCGCCACGGCGAACGAUGCGGCCUUUGUCAUGCACGGACACAGCCCGGUCAUGGCGACUCCCGCCACACCAGUCAUGUACACGCAACAACCUCCGCCGCAACAGUAUGCCCCGCAACAACAGUAUGUGCCCCAGCAGCAGUACGUUCCACAGCAGCCACAGUAUGUCCCGCAACAACAGUACGUGCCUCAACAGUACGCACCUCAGCCGCCACAGUAUGGCCAGUAUAACGGCGGACACGAGGACGAUGGCUCCGUGAUGGAGGCUUAA